AUGCGCCAAAAACGCGGCGGACAAAAAAAGUCGAGCGGCCCCGGCGAGGGGGGGGUGAAGGAGCUGCCGUUCCGGCGGGGGCGCAUUGCCUGCGCGAAGCAGUCGAACAUGGAGCUCUUGCAGCUCGAUAGGGCCGGCGAAGAAAAAGAGGAGGAGGACGUCGCGACGCUGUCGGCCCGCACGCGCCUCGCGCAGCUCACAGAGAAGGACAACAGUCUAAAGUCGUACAUGAAGGAGCUGCGCAAGGUGCUCGAGCACGCCGACGUUCUGCUGGAAGUGCUCGACGUGCGCGACCCCCUGGGGUGCCGUGCCUACUCGCUCGAGCGCGAGGCACAGCGCCAAGGCAAGCGCAUUGUCCUCAUCCUCAACAAGAUCGACCUCGUCCCGGCGUCAAACGCACGCGCGUGGCUCGAGUACCUGCGCCACGAGUACCCUACGCUGCCGUUCAAAGCGUCGACGCAGCAGCAGCGCCACAACCUUGGCCAGGGCGCCUCGGUCAACUUUUCGCACGGCAACGAGGCGGUGGCGGGCGGCGCCGAGGCCGCGGGCACGCGCGCCAUCCUCCAGCUCAUCAAGAACUACUCACGCAACCUGAACCUUAAGUCGAGCAUCACCGUCGGCACGAUCGGCGCUCCGAACGUCGGCAAGAGCAGUCUAAUCAACUCGCUGAAACGCUCGAGAGUCUGCUCGGUGGCCGCGACGCCGGGCCACACCAAGGUCGUCCAGGGCAUCAUGCUCGACCGCCAGGUGCGUCUUUUGGAUAGCCCGGGUAUCGUCUUUACCGACUCGAAUGCCCCGCCGGGCGCCACGGCACAAGAGGCGGCGGCGGCGGCCGAGGCAGCGAUGCUUCGCAACGUCCUCAAGGUCGAGCUCGUGCCGGACCCGAUCGAGCCGGUGCAGGCGAUUCUGAACCGCAUCGAGCCCAAGUACCUCGCCGAGGUGUACGGCAUCCCCGCGCUGCCGUCGCGCGAUGCGAGCGACUUUCUCCUGCGUGUCGCCUACCAAAAAGGGCGCCUCGCCAAGGGCGCCGUGCCGGACCUCGAUGCCACCGCACGCUCCGUCUUGCACGACUGGAACACGGGCAAGAUUCGGUACCACACGGACCCUCCGGCCAAGGCGCCGGUGCAUAUCUCACGGCCCAAGACGACAGUGAAGCCGACCGAGGCGCCACAGGUGGACGAUGCGGCAGUCGUGUCGUCGUUCGGCGAGGCCUUUGAUCUCGCGGGGCUCCUGGGUGAAGCUGAUGCGGAAACGCUGGGUGGCGAUGGCGGGUACGAGCCGCGGCCGGAGCCGGCCAAGCCGGAGCCUGUGCCGAUGCCUGAAGAGGCCGAGGAGCCGGCCGACGUCACGGACUCGACGCUCGGCAAGCGCGGCCGCGAUCUCGACUCGGACGAUGACGAGGAGGACGACGAUUUCCGCCGCCCGGCCGGAAAUGCGUUUGCCGCGCUGAUGCCCGACGACGACGACGAUGAAGACGAGCCCGAGCCCGAGCCGGCGCCGAAACCCAAGGCCAAAAAGACCAAAGAGGCGCCGAUGUUUACCGAGGCCGAGCGCGAAGGUAUGGCUGUAUCCCGGGGUGCGCAGCGCCGCAAGGCCCGCAAGGAAAAGAAGCGCAAGGCAGGCUUGGAUGUGCAUAUGGAGGCCCUGAUGGAUCUCGAAGGCGAGGACCAGGGGCUGGACCAGGACCAGGACCAGGAAUUGGACGAGCCCCUCAAAGACGCACCGUCUGGUGCGCUUGGCGAGACACCCGAGAGUGAAGAGGAGCUGUAA